GGUAAUUAACCGCUCGUUCCAAAGAUGGCACAGCACAGCACGGUCGAUGGGUUCUUUGCAACGGCUUACAAUCGGUCGUGGAAUUGGGAUCGGUGUUUCCGGUAGUGUUGCCGCUGGAGUUGCGAUGGAUGGUGCGUUAAAUGGCUUUGAAAACGUACAAGGUGCGCAACGGUUCCUUCGCUCGUUCGUGAUCGGACUGAGUAUAUCAAUCGAUUAUGCAUGGAAUCUGCGGCAGCUUAAGGAAGGCGAUGUACAUUAUGAGACGGUGCUGUCAGAGAUUCAUAGACGUUCGGCGAAAAAAAUACUGGACGGAUGCUUGGCAAACGGUGGCUUGUACAUCAAGCUAGGACAAGGUGUAGCAGCCGUGAAUCAUAUCAUUCCGAAAGAAUAUGUUGAGACCCUGCGGCAACUGGAGGACCGCUGCUUAACCCGUGCACCGGACGAGGUUCGCACGAUAUUUGUAGAAGACUAUGGCGCCCCACCCGAAGAGGUGUUCGAUAACUUCCACUACGAACCGAUAGCGGCUGCAAGCUUAGCACAAGUAUUUCGUGCCGUUACCAAGUCAGGAAAACACGUAGCUGUGAAGGUUCAAUAUGCUGAUCUGCGGAAGCGAUUUGAUGGUGAUCUGCGAACAAUCAGCUUCCUGCAACGACUAGUCGCUCUUGUUCAUAAGAACUACAAUUUCGGGUGGAUCAUCGACGACCUACAAGGAUCGUUGCGCGAAGAACUAGACUUUGUGCAUGAGGGCAACAACUCCGAACGAUGCGCCCAAGAUUUACAACACAUACGCGCCGUAUAUGUACCGAAGGUUCACUGGGAUUUAACAAACGCGCGUAUCCUUACAACGGAAUACAUUGAUGGUUGUAAGGUAAGUGAUCGGCACGCUAUCGAAGCGCUAGGCCUGAACUUGUCGGACAUCGAUCAGCAGCUGUUCAUAACGUUCGGGCGGCAGAUCUUUUCAACCGGUUUCGUGCAUGCCGAUCCCCAUCCGGGAAAUGUGUUCGUACGAAGAAACCCUGACGAACCGCACCGCAUGCAGCUUGUGCUAUUGGAUCACGGAUUGUACGAGCAUCUGGCCCCGGAUGUGCGACAGAAUCUAUGUCGCUUUUGGGAAGCGAUCGUGUUGCGCGAUUACGAGGCAAUGCAGCGGUACUCUAACGCGUUAAACGUAGUUGAUUAUCGUACCUUUGCUGAAAUACUGUUACAACGACCACUUGAGUUAAAAGGAAAAGUAUUCACUAGACUUACAGAUCAAGAUGUAGCAUACAUGACGAAGCAAGCCAAGGAACAUUUUGAUAGAGUCAUGAUCACAUUGAAGAAUAUGCCACGUAAUCUGAUUUUGGUCAUACGCAACCUAAACACAGUCCGUGCGAUCGCUUGUGAUCAUGGAGACCCAAUCGACAGAGCCCGAAUCCUAGCUCGUUGUGCUCUGGCGGCCCUAUGUCCAUCGAGACGGAAUUUAGCUAAUUUUCUGUGGGUCAGCUUUCGGGUGCUACGUUUUGAGUUCUUGCUCUGGCGACAAUCAUUGCAUUACUGGAUAGUUGAUAAUUAUCUAAAAUUAUUGACGAAAAUUGGCCGUUCGCCAGAUACUUCACAUUUGAUGAACUAUCAUCUCGGCGUAUAGAGCUCAAUCGAUUAAUUAUAUUGAUAGGAUGAUUGCGAUUAAUCAAAGUGGAUUGA